AUGGACGCAGCGUGGUGCAUUACACCCCCAGCUGCUUCAGCACUACGAGAACACGAAAUGAGCUCAGGCGACGCACCCCACUACGAUUACCACAUCAACUCAUACUCCUCGUCGUAUUUCGAUGCACAAGGCGUGUUUCAGCCGGUUGCGCACGAUACGCAUACAACUCUAGCACCCACUCAAGAGCCGUUGCAUGCAUCAGCAUCUUUCCCACCACUGGGCGCCUCAUCCGAAACUCCUGCACUUAAUGCAUCUCCUGUGGAUCCAGAGCGAACGGAUGACAUUGCUGCAGUGUUAGCUCGUCAGCGCCGACAAGUUGACGAAAUGCAAAAUCGAAUUAAAGCACUCGAAUCGCAGUUGGCAGGGACGAAGCGAGCUUCUGAGGCAAACGACAGAGAAGGGAACGUCGGGGGAGGAAAUGGCAAAGAAGGAAACAGCAGAGAAGAGAAAGGCCGAAAGAAACGCAAGCUUGGAGGUCUGAUGCUUUUGACUGAGGAACAGAGUAAAAUGAAGAAGCGACUGAUGAAAGAAGUUCGCGACGAAAUAAAACGCCUUACUGGCAGAGGCAAGUCAGGCCAGUGGGAACGUUUUGAUAAUUAUAUGCCUCUAGACCUCGAAGGAACUGCGACGUCUGAGGGGAAUAGACUAGUAAUUCAGCAGGCUGCAAAGACAGUGACAGAAGCACACAAACACCCUCUGACAGGCCAGUACGGGCUUGAAGGGCAGCCAUUUACCUUGGCGGAUUGCGUGUCAUUCGCAUCGACGGCGUUCAAUAGCUGGAAAGCAGCAGCUAAAAUUAAGGGUGAUCGAGACAGAAAGAAAAAGAAUGAUAAACAUCAGAGGAAGAAUCGUCGGUACGGACGUCGAGUUGCACUAAGCAAGAGACGCAUGUCUGCAAGAGAGGAGUUUAAAGAUAGCUACGACUGCACUCUUCCGGACGAAAUUUUUGACCCUGAAUUCAUGUCGUCUUGCCAUAGCGACCUUGAUUCCUCAGAAGUGUCCGACAAGAACAAUAUAUGGGGUGCAAGAGACGAGCAUCGGGAAAGAAAGCUUGACAAAGCGGGCAUCUCUGAGGAAUCACCGUUUGAGAAUGUCGAAAUGUGGGAAUUGCGAAGGAAGGAGUUCCGUUCGAAAGUGUUCACCGAGAUAUUGCAGUGGCUUGAUGGGGUCGCACAAGACUUAUCCGAGCAGCGACAGCAGCGACAGAGGCGCAACUCACGUCCCACGAUCGCAAAAGUCGACUUGGGCAGGAAUAUUAAACGUGCACCUGCAGAAGGGCACCGCGUCUUCCCAUUCAUGGUUGACUCUGAAUGGUUGCGUGAUAAUGAGGAAGAGGGAAAGAAGCUGGAAAUCGAGGAGAAGGACCCAGAUGACUUCAUCAACGCAAUUGAGGGAUUCAUGUUAGAGUAUUGUUAGGGCGAGGAGAACAGUACAAACACGAGAACUUAGUGUGGUCUUAUAUACUAUACAAAUAUCUGAUUGUAUUAACCUAAAAUAUCUGAAAGGAACUCGGUACAAUGUGUAUUCUAAGCUGUACUUCCC